GGGCCAGAGGAGAAGAGGAAUAGCAGAAAUAAUUUAAUUGCUGAGAUGAGGAAAUGACAGCGAGGGCGGAAGUCUUAUGUGCUUCGCUGGAUCAAACACCAAUAACAUAAUAAGCCGCUAACAGUUUUUCCAUCUUCCGUUACUUUUCCGUUUUGAUCUUCAAAUCCUUGCACAUUUACUUUCUGCAAAAUUUUGCAAUCACAAGUCUCAUAAAACAUGUCAUACGCAUACCUCUUCAAGUACAUCAUCAUCGGAGAUACUGGAGUUGGUAAAUCUUGUCUUCUGCUUCAGUUCACGGACAAGAGGUUCCAGCCCGUCCAUGACCUCACCAUAGGUGUGGAAUUUGGGGCUCGAAUGAUCACUAUCGACAACAAACCUAUCAAGCUCCAAAUUUGGGACACGGCGGGUCAAGAGUCCUUCAGAUCUAUUACGAGGUCCUAUUACAGAGGGGCUGCUGGUGCGUUGCUUGUCUAUGACAUUACCAGGAGGGAAACAUUUAAUCACUUGGCUAGCUGGCUGGAGGAUGCCAGGCAGCAUGCAAAUGCAAACAUGACAAUUAUGCUUAUUGGUAAUAAGUGUGAUCUUGCUCAUAGAAGGGCUGUGAGCACAGAAGAAGGGGAACAAUUUGCUAAGGAGCACGGUUUAAUCUUCAUGGAGGCCUCAGCAAAAACUGCCCAGAAUGUUGAGGAGGCAUUUAUUAAAACAGCUGCAACAAUAUAUAAGAAGAUUCAGGAUGGAGUUUUUGAUGUAUCUAAUGAGUCUUAUGGAAUAAAAGUUGGAUAUGGUGGGGUUCCCGGGCCCUCUGGAGGCAGAGAUGGCUCUUCUUCUCAAGCUGGAGGCUGCUGCAGUUGAAAAUCAAACUCACCUGCUACACUGAUUUGCGACCGGCUUACUUUUCUUCUGUCAUUUGGGUCUGAAUAUUGUAACUUAUUUUUGAUAUUUGCGGAUUCAGGGCAUGUGAUACAUGUAUAAUCCACCUUGAUGUCACGUCUAUUGGUCGUAGAUUCAUCAAAUGCUUUAGUUUCCUUCCUGUCCUUUUAUUUUGUUGGAUUGUAUUAGUUUCUUUCUUCUUUUGCGAUGUUGAAGGAAACUCUGAAAUGUGAAAUGCAGAAAAUUCUAUUUUAA